AUGUCUUCUCUGUUUUCUGCCUUCUUCUUCCUGGCCAUCGGUCUUCUCGUGGACGCCUCUCCGACUGUCUCUCUGCCUCCGGAGAUCUCCUUGGUGUCUCCACCUUCUCCACCUUCUCCAGCGUCUCUAGGGUCUCCACCGUCUCCACCGUCUCCGGCCUGUCCGUCCUGCUCCCUGCCUCAGACCAGGAGGAACUCGUCGUCUCCCGACGGACAGAGCGACAUGGUGGAGGCAGUGAAACGUCACAUUCUCAACAUGCUGCACCUGAGCAGCCGGCCCAACCUGACGCAGCUCGUCCCGCGCGCCGCGAUGCUCAACGCCAUCCAGAAGCUGCACGUGGGCCGCGUGGCCAAGGACGGCAGCGUGGAGAUCCAGGAGGACAGCUGGGGCCCCGGGGCCUCAACGCCACCCGAACCCACCUCUGAAAUCAUCAUCUUCGCUGAGCCAGGAGCCUCCCCGGACACGGUGACCUUUGACCUUUCUCAGGACGGCAGUGGCUCGGCGCUGGUGGAGCAGGCCAACGUCUGGAUCUUCCUCAAGAUUUCGAAGGGAAAGCGAGCGAGUGUCAAAGUGUUGCUGCGGCUGCUGCAGCGUCACCGCGACAACGGCGGCGAUGAGAAUGAGGAAUGUGUUUCGGAGAAGAUGGUGGACGCUCGCCGCAGCGGCUGGCACACGCUCGCCGUCUCCCGCAGCGUCCAAACGCUGCUGGAUGCCGGCGGGGGCUCGCUCAGCCUGCGGGUCUCCUGCCCGCUGUGCGCGGAUGCCGUGCCCGUCCUGGCGCUGGGGGGGGGCGAGCACAGCGGUGCCCGGGACCAGUCCCACCGGGACCAGUCCCACCGGGACCAGUCCCACCGACCGUUCCUCAUGGCGGUGCUGCAAGCCCCGGAGGAGGGGACGCAGCGGCGAGUCAAGCGAGGCCUGGAGUGCGACGGGAAAAUACGCGUCUGCUGCAAACGGCAGUUUUACGUGAACUUCAAAGACAUCGGCUGGAACGACUGGAUUAUCGCUCCGUCCGGUUACCAUGCCAACUACUGCGAGGGAGAGUGCCCCAGCCACAUGGCGGGCUUCAGCGGCUCGGCGCUGUCCUUCCACUCCACCGUCAUCAACCAUUACCGCAUGCGCGGCUACAGCCCGUUUCAGAACAUGAGGUCGUGCUGCGUUCCCACGCGGCUGCGAGCCAUGUCCAUGCUCUACUACAACGAGGACCAGAAGAUCAUCAAGAAAGACAUCCAGAACAUGAUCGUAGAGGAGUGCGGCUGCUCGUAA